GAAGAUAUUUUGUCAGAAGGACGAGAGCAGAUAAUCGCUUCUGACAUUUGUUUUUGAAAUGUUGCGGCAGUUUAAGUUAAUUUGUAAUUAAUGAUUAUGGUUGUGAAAUCAGUAUCAGUAUUUAAUAGUAAAGAAAAACGUUUUGCAUAAAUCGUGUCGAGUCUUUUUACGGUUUACGAUUUAAUAGCAUUUCAAUUUUUUUUAUAAGUAGUGUUUAAUAAUUUUCAUCGUUUUCAUUUCCUUUAAUGUCUGAGGCGAACGAAAUAAAAUUCUUACCAACACUUGAACUCUUUUAAGUUUUUUUUUCGUACUUCAGAAACUAAGCAGCAAUGGGAGCUUCACGGUCGACACCUUAUUUCUGUCGCACAGUACCUAUAAAGACAUUAAUGUUUGGUUUCUUGUCCUCCGGAAAAACAACAAUCCUGUACAGAAUAAAAUUAAACGAAAUCGUCACAACCCACGGCAUUCCCACAAUUGGCACUAACUUUGAAACCAUACAACACAAAAACCUAACUUUCUCAAUCGAAGAUAUUUCUGGUUCAGACAAAUUACAGGAAAUGCAUUCAAAAGUAAAUCACCAAGAUGUACGAGCUUUAAUUUUGGUAAUUGAUUCGACUGAUACGGAGAGACUCGAGUGGAUUCUUGUUAUCAUUCAUAACUUGUUGAUGAAUGACUCUUACAGAAGUGCGCCAUUGCUCAUAUACGCGAAUAAGCAGGAUCUUCCUGGAUGUAUGACAGUUGCUGAAAUUGGUGAAAUUUUAAAGCUGAAUGAAAAUAAGAUGUUGGCUGAACGCCCGUGGAAAAUUCAGGGGUGUUGUGGCUUGACUGGAAAAGGUCUUUACGAAGGUUUUGAUUGGUUAGCGGGACAAUUUUAACUCCUCGUUUUGUUGCGAAGGGAACACUUCAUUAAAAUAUUGAACAAUAAUGCGACAAAGGCUUGUAUCAACUCGUUAAAUUUUACACUUCAUUAUGUAUUUUCAGCUACAAUUAAGGACUUAUCCGCCUUCGACAAAAAGGUGUACGUUAACAUAAGAACGUCUAUUUUCUUCAUUAUGCAACGCCGCUUCGUAAACAUCAUGCACCAAAUAAAAAUAUUUUCCUGUUUUUCAUGUCCAUAACCUCAUUCCAGCAGCGAAACAUUUUCGAUUUUAAUCGGAUCGUCCAAAUAAAAUUUUGUUUGAAGUUU